AUGGAGAUACUCCCCCGCCGCCUACUGUUCAUAGCCUCAAUAGGCAAUCCAGCCCCCUACUACAAUACCCGACACAGCGCCGGCCACCUCCUCCUCGACGCCUUAAAACCACUCCUCGAAACCACCCUCCCAAACACAGGCCUCUACCAUGAAACAUGGCAAAGUCCAACGCAGAUGAACAUAACCGGUCCGAAACUCGUGCGCCGACUAGAACAAUGGGCAACCGAACGAGCCAGCCGUCUUGAACGGAUCGCCAACGUUGCCGCAACUCGUGCCUCUACCUCGUCUUCGUCUUCACAAACCCCAAACCUCCCCGCACAAACUACAUACCCAACAACCCUCAUCAUCCUCCAUGACGAACUCUCCAUCGCCCAAGGAAAGGUCCGCGUCGUACGCGGCGGGCCUGAAUCGUUUAGUUUGCGCGGCCAUCGCGGUCUCAUUAGUAUCUGUGAUACACUGCGCAAGAAGGGGUUGUAUCCCCGCUCGUCUGGCGCGAGUAAGAGUGUUACUGGGCCGUUGGCGGAUCUGUCGAUCUUGCGCGUCGGUCUUGGUAUUGGUCGGCCGUCGUCACAUGAGACGGCUGCUGUUUCCGACUAUGUGCUGAAGACUGUUACUGAUAAGGAGCUUAAGGCUUAUCAUGCGGCGGCGGCGCCGGUGGUGGAGACUAUUCGGGAGGAGCUUUUUAGACCUGCCGGGAAGGUCUGA